AUGGUGAUGCUGGUUCGCGAAUCAUCGCGUACCGCGGCACUCGCGUUGUUCUGCCUGUUAAGUGGAUUCAAUUGUCUCAAUGCAGUUGUUGCCGCUGGCAAGGUGGACGACUCGAAAGGUCCCGUCUUCCUGAAGGAACCGACCAAUCGCAUUGAUUUCUCCAAUUCCACCGGUGCCGUGGUCGAAUGCAGCGCUACCGGUAACCCGCCUCCUGAGAUGAUUUGGAUUCGCAGCGAUGGAACGGCCGUCGGGGACGUUCCCGGAUUACGGCAAAUUCUACCGAACGGCAACCUAGUGUUCCCUCCGUUCCGUGCCGAGGACUACCGGCAGGAAGUACACGCCCAGGUGUAUGCCUGCAUGGCCAAGAACCAGUUCGGAUCGGUGAUUUCGCGGGACGUCAACGUUCGCGCCGUUGUGCAUCAGUUUUAUCAAAUCCGUGUGAAUGAUGAAUUUGUUCUGAACGGGAAUGCGGCAAUUUUGAAGUGCCUUGUUCCAUCAUUUCUUCAGGAUUUCAUAACAAUCGAGUCGUGGAAUAUAGACGAUCAGAUAAUAACGAUGGACGCGGACGAAUCAUUGAUUGACGGUAAAUAUAUGGUUCUGCCAUCUGGAGAACUGCAUAUCCGAGAGGUUGGACCUGAGGAUGGAUACAAAAGCUACCAGUGCCGCACAAAGCAUCGUCUAACGGGCGAAACGAGACUGUCGGCCACCAAGGGACGCCUAGUGAUCACAGAGCCACUUGGUAGGGUGUCUCCCAAGCUAGAUUCCAUUUCCAAGAUCGUGACUGCAGAAGCAAAGCAAGCCGAAGCGAUCGCUUUGCUCUGCUCGGCUCAGGCCUAUCCAAUAGCUGUAUAUAGAUGGUAUAAAUACAUCGAAGGAACUCAGCAAAAGAAAGCUGUCGUUUUGGAUGAACGCGUGAAACAAGUAUCUGGCACUCUGAUCAUCAAAGAUGCAAUUGUAGAUGACUCUGGUAAAUAUCUGUGCGUUGUCAACAAUUCAGUUGGAGGUGAAAGCGUGGAAACUGUGUUGACGGUAACGGCGCCUCUUGCGGCGAGAAUUGAACCACGUACGCAGACUGUGGAUUUCGGUCGUCCAGCUGUGUUCACUUGCAAGUUCUCCGGUAAUCCUAUCAAAACCGUUUCCUGGACGAAAGACGGCAAAUCGCUAGGCCACAGUGAUGCAGUAUUACGUAUCGAAUCAGUUAAAAAAGAGGAUAAGGGCAUGUACCAGUGCUUUAUUCGAAACGAUCAGGAAAGUGCUCAAGCAAGUGCAGAACUGAAACUCGGAGGACGAUUUGAUCCCCCAAUCAUUCGCGAAGCUUUCCCAGAAGAAACGCGUCACCCAGGCCCAUCUGUAUUUCUCAAGUGUGUUGCUGGUGGAAAUCCUACUCCUGAGAUAAGUUGGGAACUGGAUGGAAAAAAAAUCACAAACAGCGAACGAUACCAAGUUGGACAGUAUGUGACGGUCAACGGAGAUGUUGUGUCGCAUCUGAAUAUCACGUCGAUUCACUCAAACGAUGGUGGUUUGUACAAGUGUAUUGCCAGCAGCAAGGUUGGAGUUGCCGAACACUCUGCUAAGCUAAACGUGUACGGUCUUCCAUAUGUACGAACAAUGGAAAAGAAAGCUAUAGUAGCUGGUGAAACUCUCAUAGUUACCUGUCCAGUAGCUGGCUAUCCUAUCGAAUCGAUUGUAUGGGAGAGAGACAACCGACAGCUGCCCAUCAACCGAAAACAGAAAGUGUUUCCAAAUGGAACAUUGAUUAUCGAAAACGUCGAACGAAAUUCCGACCAAGCUACAUACACAUGCGUUGCAAAGAACUCCGAAGGAUACACUGCUCGUGGUACACUAGAAGUUCAAGUCAUGGCUCUGCCGGUAAUUAACCCAUUCCACUUCGAGGAUCAUGUCGAUUCGGAGGAGAGCGUUCAAGUCACCUGCCAUGUCUCAAAAGGCGAUCUACCAAUCGAGAUAAGUUGGCUGUUCAACGAACGACCGAUUCGUAUUAGUUCCAACAUUGAGAUCACAUCGAUCGGUAAACGAUCCAGCUCGUUGAACAUACCUUCCGUUAAUGCAGAUCACUCAGGAGUGUAUACGUGUAUUGCGAAAAAUAUCGCGGGCAAUCGCAAUCAGUCGGCCGAAUUGUUCGUUAAUGUUCCACCCAAAAUAGUUCCAUUUAGCUUCGGCGAGGAAACGAUGAAUUCGGGAGAUUCGGGAUCAGUCCAGUGCAACGUACUGUCCGGUGAUUUUCCGCUUUCGAUCAAGUGGUAUUUUAAUGGUUAUUUGAUCAAUGAUCAUACUAUCACGAUCACAACGAUUGGCAAACGAUUGAGUGUAUUAAACAUUGACUCCGUGCACGGACGACAUGCGGGCAACUAUACGUGCGAGGCACAAAAUAAAGCCGACACUGUUUCCUUCACGACAGAGCUGCUAGUGAAUGUACCUCCAAGGUGGAUUCUAGAACCUACUGAUAAAGCUUUCGCUCAAGGCUCUAACGCCAAAGUGGAAUGUAAAGCUGAUGGUUUUCCAAAGCCUCAAGUCACAUGGAAAAAAGCAGUAGGCGAUACUCCUGGCGAGUACAAAGACCUGCGAUCUAAUGAUUCGAGCAUCCGUGUUGAGGAAGGUUCUUUGUUCAUUCAAAACAUUCAGAAAUCGAACGAAGGAUACUACCUAUGUGAAGCGAUUAAUGGCAUUGGAUCGGGUUUAAGCGCAGUAACGUUGAUCACCGUCCAGGCACCACCAGAAUUUGUAGAGAAACUACGAAACCAAACUGCGCGUCGCGGUGAACCUACUGUAUUGCAAUGUGAGGCGAAAGGCGAAAAACCGAUUGGUAUUCUGUGGAACAUGAACAACAAUCGUCUGGAUCCCAAAUCGGAUAACCGGUACACGAUUCGUGAAGAAAACCUUCCUAAUGGCGUUACUUCUAGCCUUUCGAUUAAGCGAACGGAACGCAGCGAUUCGGCUCUCUUUACUUGUAUGGCGACCAAUGCUUUCGGCAGUGAUGAUACUAGCAUCAACAUGAUCAUUCAAGAACCGCCAGAGAUGCCGUAUGCGCUGAAAGUGUUGGACAAAUCGGGACGAACGGUGCAGUUAAGCUGGGCCAAACCUUACGACGGAAACUCUCCUCUGAAGCGAUAUAUUAUCGAAUUCAAACGUUCUCGUGGUUCUUGGGAAAAUGAUAUCGAUCGCGUGAUCGUGCCAGGCGAUACCACGGAAGCACAGGUUCAGAAAUUGAGUCCUGCUACCACGUACAAUAUUCGCAUCGUAGCAGAGAAUGAUAUUGGUGUAUCGGAUCCUUCAGAUUCUUCAACGAUUAUUACCGCAGAAGAAGCUCCGUCUGGAAAGCCACAGUCUAUCAAAGUCGAGCCGAUCAAUCAAAUGGCCCUUCGUGUAAGCUGGAAAGCACCGCCACGAGCCGAAUGGAAUGGUGACAUCUUGGGCUAUUAUGUUGGGUUUAAGCAAACCUCCGUCAACUCGUCAUAUAUCUAUGAAACAGUCAACUAUUCACUCGAAGGCGGUGAAGGCAAAGAACAUAGUUUGGAGAUUAACAGCUUGAAAAUGUACACUCAGUAUUCGAUUGUAAUCCAGGCAUUUAACAAAGUUGGUGCCGGACCAAUGAGUGACGAGGAAAAGCAAUACACCGCAGAGGGUACUCCGGAGCAGCCGCCAAGUGAUACUAUGUGUACGACUCUAACCUCGCAAACGAUUCGCGUGUCCUGGGUGAGCCCUCCAUUGGAGUCAGCAAACGGUGUCAUCAAGGGCUACAAAGUUGUGUACGCUCCUAGCGAUUUGUGGAAUGACGACAAGAACAAGGACUACAAAAAGACUGCUUCAAGCGACACGGUGUUGCACGGUUUGAAAAAGUAUACCAACUACACGAUGCAAGUGCUGGCCACUACGUCUGGUGGUGAUGGAGUAAGAAGUGCACCAAUUCAUUGUCAAACAGAGCAGGAUGUUCCAGAAGCGCCUACUGCCAUGAAAGCUCUGGUUAUGUCAGAAGGAUCCAUUCUCGUUUCCUGGCAACCCCCAGCGCAACCAAACGGUUUGAUCUUACAAUAUACCGUUUACAUCAAGAGUGGUGACCAGGAACCGAAAAGUCACAAAGUACCGUCCUAUCAAAUGAGCUACGAGGCGUCUGGGCUGGAGAAAAAUCAAAAGUAUGAGUUCUGGGUGACUGCUUCCACCACGAUCGGUGAAGGCCAAUCCUCGAAGACUUUGGCAGCCAUGCCAAGCGACAAAGUACCGGCCAAGAUUGCUUCCUUUGAUGAUAAGUUCACGGCUACCUUUAAGGAAGAUGCUAAGUUACCUUGUUUGGCUGUUGGCUCUCCCAUGCCGGAAAUCACCUGGAAGAUCAAAGGAGUAGAAUUUGUGCCGAAUGAACGCAUCCGCCAAUUACCAGAAGGAUCACUAUACAUAAAGGAUGUUAUACGCCAAGAUGCCGGUGACUAUACUUGCACCGCAGAGAAUUCGAUUGCUAAGGAUUCCAUCACACAUCGUCUGAUUGUAUUGGCGCCUCCUCAAUCGCCGCAACUAACGCUUACAGCAACAACGACUGACUCACUCUCAGUAAAACUUAAGCCACACGAAUCAGAUAGUGCACCACUGCAGGGCUACACGUUGCAUUACAAACCUGAGUUCGGUGAAUGGGAAACUAUCGAUGUUGCCCUUGAAGCCCCGAAAUAUACUAUUGAAAAACUUUACUGUGGCUCACGUUAUCAAGUUUAUGCUACCGCGUACAACAAUAUCGGUGCUGGUGAACCUUCUGAUAUUCUGAACACUCGCACAAAAGGUUCCAAGCCUUUACUCCCGGAGAAAUCACGUUUCAUCGAAGUUUCUUCGAAUUCUAUUACAUUGCAUUUGCCUGCAUGGAAAGAUGGUGGAUGUCGUAUGUCUCAUUUCGUUGUUGAACACAAGAAAAAGGAUCAAAUUGAUUGGAAUCAAAUUUCAAACAAUGUAAAACCAGGUGCAAACUUCGUUGUGUUGGACCUUGAACCUGCUACUUGGUAUAAUCUUCGUGUAACAGCACACAACAAUGCUGGAUUUACUGUUGCUGAAUAUGAAUUUGCUACACUCACUAUGACUGGAGGAACUGUUGCGCCUAUCUUUGGUUCCGUGCAGCCCGGUGCCAUAUAUCCUCCUUGGAUUCCGCAUUGGAUUGAUUUGAACGUAAUGGUACCACUGAUUGCGACCGUGAUCGUGGUGGCGGUAGGUGUAUUAGUCAUUUGUGUUGCAGUAUCCCGGCGCAGAGAUGACGAUCCUCGAUGUGGACCGAAGGAUGUAUAUUACGAUGUCGUAUACAAUCAGUCCAUGGGACCGGCUGGGGCAGCUACUCUAGAUAAAAGGCGACCGGAUAUUCGUGAUGAGCUGGGCUACAUUGCACCACCGAACCGUAAACUGCCUCCAGUACCCGGAUCGAACUAUAAUACUUGCGAUCGUGUGAAACGUGGAACUGUGAUAAGCCAAAAUCCCACUGUAAAAUCCAACCAUACCACUUGGGAUCCGCGUCGCCCGUUGUAUGAAGAACUGAAGAAGGCUCCACCACCGCUUCCAAGACGUUUCAACCAUCCUCCUGCGUGUUAUGGUAUGGAAGACGAGAUAUGCCCGUAUGCUACAUUCCAUCUGCUUGGUUUCCGGGAGGAAAUGGAUCCUACGAAAGCAAUGAACUUCCAAACAUUCCCGCAUCAGAACGGAAUGGGUGGUCCCGGACAUAUGGGUACAAUGGGCUCAAGCAUGGCUAUGCAGGUUCCAAGUCACGUACAUUCACGAACUGGAUCACAGUCCAUGAAUCGAUAUGCGCGUAAGAAUAGCCAAGGAGGUCAGAGCAGUAUCUAUACUCCUGCUCCAGAAUACGACGAUCCAGCAAAUUGUGCAGAGGAAGAUCAAUACCGACGCUACACACGCAUCAACUCCCAGGGUGGUUCCCUUUACUGCGGUCCAGGUCCUGAGUACGAUGAUCCGGCAAAUUGUGCUCCAGAAGAUGAUCAAUAUGGCUCACAGUAUGGUGGCAACUAUGGUACACCUUAUGAACACUAUGGCUCACGUGGCUCAGUUGGCCGCCGUAGUGUUGGUUCACCAGAGCCUCCACCACCGCCGCCACGAAACCACGAUACGAGUAACUCAUCCUUUAAUGAUUCUAAAGAGAGUAACGAAAUCUCCGAGGCAGAAUGUGACCGCGACAAUGGGCCACGCGGAAAUUACGGAGAACCAUCUGAGGCUUCAACAAAAUCCAACGAUGCAAUUAACGGUGACGAAACUGAGAAAUUGUUGAUAAGAAACGAAGUCAAACCCAAGUACACCAAACAAGCAGCAGCCACCGGUAACACAGGACUCACAGCCUACGAUACUAUGGCAGUGUAA